AUGAUUUUGUUCAGCACAUUGCCACUGUGCGCCUCUAAGGCCUGUUUCUGGCCGGGGGCUGCCACUCAGACUUUUACAUCAACCACACAGACAACUGUUACAUCCACCGUACCACCUUACCAGUAUUUCCAGGGCGACUGGUCGGCAUGCUCGGCUACCUGUGCCGUGGGCACACGCACUCGAGAGGUUUUCUGCUACGAGACCUGCAGUGUUCCUCAAUUCUGCACUGUCGCAGAGGAGAGAUGUGCAGGUAUCACCAAACCACUUAGCUUCGACUACUGCUGGCCACCGGUAGCGUCCUGUCCAGACUCAACAACCAUGUCUUCCACAACCAGUCUCACGAGCACACGUUCCACGAAUACGCAAACGGCCACAUCAAGAACUACAACGCAAAGGGUACGGACCGGCUGGCUCUGUGUGCACGACGCUUCGACUGGAUGUGUGGCCGCCUCCAUUGCUCAAGUGCAGUGUGGAUCGAGCUGCCCAUGCUGCAAGCGCUCGGGCAUCCAGUCCACCACGCCACGACCUUUUCAGCCCUCAGAUGGCGGGAACGAGGUGUCGGCAGCUGUUGUUAUCACAGUUACCUUGACGUCGGUGGCACUGGUCUCUGGAUUUGCUUUUGCUGGCUGGCGGUCUUGCAGCAAAUCCAGAAGGAAACAACUCCACGCCGGCACUCACCUUCCGAAGGCGGCGGCAUAUGGCAGAGCAGACUCUCGCCAUACCGACCCGAGAAGGGUGAACACGGAUGCCGGGCAAGAGGAAGCCGUCUACGAUAGGAAGCUGGGCAAAGGGAUUCCUUCUGCUGCUCCGGACGGCUUCUUCGAUGGGCCUCCAGACUGGAUGAAUGAUGAGGAAGAAGGCACGUCGAGUCCGAGCAGGUCCCACACUGCCAAGGAGAACAUCUUCACCCGCAGCGAGGACAAGGCACGCUCAACACAGUCCAGUCCUAUGCGAAAGGGCAGGUUUAUCCCAGCAGAGGCUGGCAAAGAUGAGAGCGACGAACAUGAAGAGAGUCCCAGAGCGACCCCGACUUCGCCGUCGGGGACUUUGCCUCCUGGCUAUGCAGCAGCUGCCCGACGCAACCGUCGGACAGGCAAAGAGGCACCGGACGUGGGCAGCUUUGCAACCGACAGCCAACAGGUCCCGGGUCAGGCGAAUGCCUCACCACGUCAAAGCCAGUCCAAGAGCAAAGCGUCGCAACCUGGCAAGGAGGAUAAGGAGAAGGAGUCUGGAGCCGAGCACGAGAAGCCACAGCAAGCUGGCCCGCGUGCUGCGGGCCGCGCUGAGGACGAUCCUGGACGGAAAAGCAGGCCAGGUGCAUCCAGCUCAACGCGUGGAGAUGAGCAGCGUGCGAAUCCGCGGGUGGCUGCGAACACUGCUGCUGCUCCAGAGGCUGCCGAUCUCAUCGCCAAGGUCGACAAAGAACUUGAUCAGACGCAGAGCAAGGAUCUGGAGACUCGACGCCGAACCUUUAAGAACCUCAUCCUCAAGUGGCAUCCGGACAAGAACCAUGAAGAAGUCCUGGCUGCGGAGGUAUUCCGCCACCUCAUGUCUCGGCGAGGCCGCUAUCUUGAGGCAUGA